AAGGAAGAUUCGAAAGGGUGGUUAUUAUCUGAUCGUGAAAGUGGAACGAGAAUAUUAAGAGAAAAUGGCCGAAAAUCGAGGGUGGUUAUUAUUAUUCGAUCGUGAAAAUGGAGGCAGAACGAUUAAGAUGGUUAUCGAGCAUCAGCCACGGGUGAUAUAAUUGCUACUAAAAUGGAAGGCGUCAAACAGAAAGGGAAAGCGAAAUCAAAAUGGAGAAUUAAUUGCAGUUCGUGUUUGGAUCGUGACGAAAGACAGACUCCUGCGCGAGACUUGUUACAAAUAAAAACGAUCGUUGCUAUAAUAAGAAUCUGUUGCGUUUAUUCGUGGAUUGCUCGUUAUCGUCCAAUGGAAAUUAAAUAAAGCUAUUGAAUGAUUAAAGCGUAAAGCUUCAUCGACUAGAAUUGAGUCUGAUUAUUGUCACUUGACCUGAACCCGCAAGGGGCAACGGCGAUGUCAUUCGCUUCCGCCAUAAUUUCGCGAUAAUUUCAAAAAAUAAAAUAGAAACGUGUUGAUUCAGUGUGCGUAUUAAUCGUUUCUCGCGACAACAAUGCCAACCAGGCCACCUUGGAACACUUUCUUAUCACUUUCUACGCUGAUUGCUAAUGCCACUGUAGAAAACAGAAUCACUUACGACGAUCUGAUGGACAAAACGAUGAGCAUCGUUCGAACCUGUACGAUGGUCCAAUCAAACGACGCUCUUCUGUUAGCCGGAGAAUACGAGGAUUUCUUUCAACGAUCGUUACUCGACGAUAUACCAGUUGCCUUGAUCUCAGAAACGAAAUCGACGACAGCGUUCGAGCUGUUCACCCUGAGCAAAUACUCGUUCGAGAUCUACACGCAGUUCUCGUUCCUGUAUCUAAUUUGGAAAUUGAACCAAUUCGUCAUCGUCGCGUCCUCGCAACCGUUGCUUCGACUGCUUUUGCAAAAGACGAAGGACUCUGGCUGGGCUAACUUCACCGGUUUCCACAUUCUGAUAGAUAGAAGAACCGUGGAACACGGUUGCGUGAACGCUUAUAACUUUCUAUGGGCUGCCUGGGAAUACGACAGGCUUUCCACCAUUUUUCUUUGCAUCGAUCCUGUCGAAGGACUUGUCCUUUACACCUAUAAUCCUUAUUCGAGCGUGGCACCCAGAGCUUGGAAGGACGUUGGACAUUUUAAGGGACGCAGUGGACAUCCUUGGAUACUAUUGAAGCAAAGAUACAGAGAUGAUUCGAGGUUAUGCGAGAACUUGAUGUUCAACAAGACGAGGGAUUUAAACGGCUACGAGAUCAGAUUGAACGCUAUUUCCUUCGAGCCUCAUCUCCAAAUAGAUCAAAGUAAGCCAGGUUUGCAAAAAUUCACCGGCGACAAUAGCGAAAUCGUGAAACUGGUGUUGGUGAAGUUAAACGCGAGUCUGAACGUGCGAGUGUACACUGGCAGUGUGUACGAUCUUGGCGGAGUUGGCAAGCAUGGAAGUAUGGUGGGAAUGAUGGCCGACGUGGCUAACGGCGAAGUGGAUAUGGGAAUGAACGCGAGAAGUCUGAACAACAUGUGGAAGGUCGAGCAUACGUAUCCUCACGGAGACGAUGGUCUCUGCGUGAUCACUCAGAGAGCAGGAGAAAUAGCAGAGUUCGUCAAACUCUGGUCCUUCACGGCGCCGAUUAUACACAUAGGCAAUUUUGCCAUGUUCACGAUCGCUCUUGUGAUUCUCGCGAAAUAUCAGGGAUUUUGUCCGGCGUUUAUGAACAUCAUACGCAUGAUGACCUUCGUUUCCGUACGCAAACUGCCGAGAACCAGUUCCUGCAGAAUUUUCUUCUGCAGCGUGUUCGUUUUGUAUUUGAUAGUGAACGCGUUGGUGCAGAGUCAUUGGGCUUCGUUGCUCACCAUUCCCGUUCCUCUGCCGAAUAUUAGAACCGCGAAGGAUCUCAAGAAUUCUGGCUACCAGAUCUAUGGUUCCAUGUUUCACGAGCUAGAGCUUCAAGAUCCCAUAUUACGAUCACGUUUUCACGAAGACACCUAUUAUGCCUGCAAGCAGCACGUGCUUCGAUCGCCAUACGCUGCAUGUUUGGGCGAUUGUCAACAUCAGUACGUGAGAAUUCAGAACGAUUAUCUGUAUCGAUCCAAAAAGAUACAACAAAAUCUGCAAAUCUACGUAACUAGAGAGAAUUGGCCAUUGCUUCCUUCCGUAACAGAUAUGAUUCAUAGAACGGUGGAAAGUGGGAUAAGCUCGAUGUGGAAAAAAUUUAACAAAAGAAAUAUGGUUCGAGCGUGGAAAAAAAGACAAAUGAACCAUAAGAGAAGUUUUAGGACCUUGAAGAUCAAACACAUAGCGUUUACUUUCUACGCACUUGCGAUUGGAAAUUUGUUUGCAAUUGUGAUUUUUAUUUCAGAGAUUAUCGUUGGAAGGAAACGUGUUCGAAAUCGAGUCGAUAAGUUGAAAAAUUUAACUAAAUUAUAAAUGUAAAUUUGAAAAUAUCGAUUGUAAUAAUUUUACGAGUGUAUCGAUUGAUUCUGCGAAACAUUCUCUGUAACGAAGACAGUCUUUAGGGAUUUGGAAAGUGUUCUCAGGAAUGCCAGUUUCACAUAUAUGUAUGUUAUACUAUAAAAUGUUGCGACAUGAGGUAUUUUCGUUUCUAAUAUAGAUAGAGUCGAAGCAAUGAGAUAUAUCACGAAAUAUAUAUUUUUAAUCUUGAUAGUACAAUGGCAAAUAUUAAUAGUAUUCGCGAAACUUCGAAUAAGUUUGGACCAGUUUGAAGUUUUAACGAAGGAAUUGAGUUUGGUGUUGAGUGCUUG